AUGGCCUGUACUAUGGAACCACUGUCAAAGAAGAUCUUCAAAGAAGUUUUAAUAGCUGAACUUCUUGGCGUUUUCAGAGCAUAUUUUUUGUUUACUAAAAUUAACGUAAGCCAAGAUUUCAGGCAUACAAUGAACAAGAAAUUCCCUUUCAUCUUAGAAGUUUAUUACAAAUCCAUCGAACAAUCUGGAAUGUAUGGGGUCAGAGAACAAGAUCAAGAAAAAUGGCUGAAGAACAAAAAUUAG